AUGAGUUUUAUUAAACGUCACGGAAUGGCAGGAAUGGACAUGGGGUCCAUGUCAAUGGCAUCAGCAACUAGCAGUAUGGGGUCAAUGUCAAUGGCAUCAGCUACCAGUAGUAUGGAUAUGGGAUCAAUGUCUUCAUCGGGAAUGGAUAUGAGCGGUAUGGAUCACAUGGAAAGUAUGCACAUGUACUUUGUAGGAGACUAUUUGAAUUAUCCAGUCUUGUUCAAGAACCUUAAAGCUUCAAAUGGGGGUCAAGCAUUCGGAAUAUUUCUUCUUUUAUUAGUCGUGGGUAUAUUUGUUAGAGGGCUUGAUUUUGCAAACAAAUAUUUGGAACAGGUCGUCUGGCAAAAUCCAAAUUAUGUCGAUGCUUGUCAUACACCUUCACCUGUGAGUGCUCCAGCUGCUACUGGAGGAAAUUGUUGUGGGGAUAACACUAGAAAUGAUACGACAGUCGAUUCUAUCAGAAAAACCAACUCUUCAUCCCUGGCUGUAGGGCAACAGGAACGCGAAGUACCUUAUCUGACAUCCCAGUCAUCUAGCUUACCAAUGGCUUCGAUGUUGUUCAGAAAUAUAAUUAGACUCGCAUUAUGUAUACUUCCCGAGCUCUUUGGUUUCGCUUUGAUGUUGGCCGCAAUGACCUUCUCAUUGUUAUACUUUUUUGCAGUCGUCUUGGGUUUGGGUAUUGGUAGAUUUAUCUUUGAUAGAUUGUCUGACCGCAUGCAUAUAAGACCGAAUACAGCUAUCGGUUUACACUGCUAG